AGCAAGUGACAAGUGUCAGAAAGAGAAGAGGAAGACGAUUAAUGGAGAUGAUUUGCUAUCAGCCCUGGCUACCUUAGGAUUUGAGGACUACAUUCAGCCACUGAAGGUCUAUUUGGCUAGGUACAGAGAGAUGGAGGGAGAUGCCAAGGGAUCUGCUAGGGUUGGAGAUGCAUCUGUUAGAAAAGAUAUAGUUGGAAGUCAGCUUGGCUCCAAUACGCAGUUUGUCUACGAAGGCUCUUUUGCACAAGGCUUAGACUAUGGAAACUCUCAAAUAUGAAUUUUGAAACAGUGAUUAGUCGUUUGCUGGUACAGAUGCCGAGUAUCUUCCGGCUUCUCAUCUUGCUGAUCUUUGUAUUAAGCUAUUCAAUAGCAAUGUUGAUUCUUGUUUGAGAGAACAAGAAACAUAAAGGACUCCUACUAAUUUCUGGAUCAACUUUUUGCAAAUAUUUUUUGCUAUACUUCUAUUUAAAUUCUCUUCCGCUCUGUACAUACUGCUUGGUUUUGAAUUUUCACUGAGAACAAACCUUCUAUUGUAGUUUGUACAGCAUCUAAGUGUCCAAACAUUCGGAUCUGUUUUAUUCCUCUAGUUCUUUUAUUGAUCA